UUAUGAUAUUCUACCCCAGUACUACAAAGACCAGGGUCCUGGCACGACUCGGUGCCCCGCAUAUAUGGAAGAUGUUAACAGAGUGUUAGUAAGCCUGUACUGGUACAUGAAGUGCAACAUUAGGUCAUGAGAAUGGUUUACGGAAUCCAUACCUCUUGCCCAUGGCGAGCCUGCCUGUCUGCUCGUGCAGACGGCUUCAUGGUCCCGGGCUCAGCCCCUCUGCGCAAGCGCGCGUUCGGUCGCCUUCUCUGCUGGCAGCUACGGGGAAUUGGAGACAGUCUACAGCCUGAUGGGUCUUCCGGGCUUCUCAUCCUAGUAUAAGUUCCGUCGCAGGAACAUGCUGCAAAGGGGCGGCACUUCCUCUUCUUCACUUGACAGUACCUGCAUUCCUUAUCACAUCCCUCACGCUAUACGCCGAAGUUUGGGACCAAGCUUGUCGCCUACCGCUCGCGUCUUGCAAUGUCAUACAACCCUCGACAUGACGAUGGUGAUAUGGGGCAGAUUACGAGGCACAUGCCGCUCGUGAGUGCAGACGACAAUUUCCAGUCUAAAGACAGUCCUGGACUAUUUCGGAGAACGAUUGAUUCCUUUGCAGAGUCCUUUUCCGAUGCCAUUACCGCUGUCUCAGCAAGUGUUGACUCUGAUACUGACGGACCGCCCAAUAGCAACAAAGGCGUACAUCACUCUGCUCAGAACCACGAGGAGUUCACCUCCACCUCAAAAGAGCCAUUCUUGUAUCAGGAUCCUCCAUCAAGGUCUGAAGACCUUGGCAGAAAGCCUACCGCGAUCCUCUCUAGCGUACCGAGCGGGCUGGGUGGCAUUCCUCAACCUCUCCGACCAUACACUGCUACGAAAGUAUUCGGAUUUGUGCUCGAAUUCCUCAUUUGUCUGUUACCGAUAGCGUUUUUGGUCCUGGCAAUCCUUGCAAGGACUUUCCAUGGCCGCGAGAUCUCGGCGUAUGGCGAGAACAUCAAAGAAUGGACAAUUAUAUCACCCACCUUCUUUCCUCUUGUCUUUGCGGCAGUGGUUGGGCAGAGUAUGCGAAACAUUGCCCGUUACAGACUCGAGCAGGGAUGCGAGCUCAAGUCGGUCUUCGGCGCUAUUGCCCCCCAAGUGCGGUUGCAGUUCCUGGAUGUGGCUGGUCUGCUGCUAGUCCUGCUAUGGCUGAUCUCUCCACUAGGUGGUCAGGCAUCAUUGAGACUUUUGUCGACGAAAGCAUCGACAAAUCUCACCCAUAGUCAGAUUGGCUACGCAGAUCCUUCCGCUCAGAACUCCGGGAUGGUUUCAGAUGGGUUUGCGGUUGUUGACUGGGCAUCAACCAUCAAUGGCAUAUAUGUCGCCAAUCUAAUAGCACCAUUAUCCGUCAAGCAAAGUCCCCAGGAUGCCUGGGGCAACUUCAAAACGGUGCCUGAUGAUGACGAGACCGAUUGGGCGUCCCUCCUCGGCUUACCAGUCACGGGGUUGCAGGAGGGACAGCGUGUCAAUUCUACAAUUUCUAGUCGUUACUGGUACAUCAAUUGUUCGCAGGUCUAUGGCGUCGAUGGGACCGUGAACUGGAUACCCGGAGUACCCGAAGCCUUUCGCCUGAAGUUCCUGAACCAAACCCAGGUAUGGCUGCAGGGGUCGACGAUGUCCGACACACCCAAUCAGUGGUGGGUAUUUUUCAACGGGUGGGAGCUUGCUGCGGAUGUGCCGAGAUCACGCUCGAUAAAGAUGGCCUUCGUAUCCUGGUCAGGGGAUGGCCUAAGCAGAUUCAUUGUUAACCCGAGUUCGACAUCGAACGUGAAUAUCGCCCGUUGCACGCUUGAACCUUCUCGGAUCGACAUCAAAAUGACUUGCGAGGGAUUCGCGUGCCGCGCAGUAGCAGCGCGGCAGAGCUCCAUCGAUGGACCUCCUAAUGCUUCAACUGAUGGGUACGUCGAAUGGUGGGGUCCCUUCUUCCCAACGGGAAACGAGAAUGCACAUGACAAUAUUCCAACCUUAUAUCCAAGCCUCCGGGCACAAGCUGCGAUGGAUUGGAGUUAUAAUGUUGCACCGCAAGCAGCCCCAUCUCUGAACUACAUGGGUGGUUCUGAGGCUUUCCCAUUCACUGGGAAUGCUCCCAUGCGCCUUGCUAAUCUCUCGGGCGGCGAGUACUAUAUAUCGGAAGGGCUAGCUCCAAAGCUAUAUGAAUUGAACCCGGAAGAUGUCGUCCGCCGGAUGCGACGUUUGUUCAAUACAUACUGGCAAGCAACGAUUGGGUCGAGAGCGUACAAUGCCACCAUUCCUCAAGGCAGUCCAGCUGCUUUCUUGUCUGGGCAGACGGCAAACGACUGCUGGAACGAUUACAGGAUGAACAUUAGCCCCUCGAACGCCACAUUCGAACAGGACUUGAUCGUGUACGAAUGUGAGCCUUGGUGGUUUGCCAUCACCUUUAUUGCCUCGUUUAUCCUUCUCAUCACGGGUUCGCAGGAUUCGCUGCGAAGAUCGCAUGCGUUGGCCCCGACCUGCUCAACAUCUUCACGACUACGCUGA